GGCGUGUGAUGGGCGUCGUGCGUGUUUAGUGGACCUCUCCGCAGCUUCGGGCUCGAAGGGGGGAACACUGUAGGCAACUGGUUGCAAGGAAGGCAUCAUGGCACUCUUUCUUCAGGCGCUCCUGCUGACGGCGCCCGCUGCUUGGGGUCAAGACUGUUCGGGCCAUGGAGUGACCUGGGGGCCUGGCAUUGGUCCUCCCCCGGCCGGCUGUGGGAGCGGAGGUACUGGGCCAAGUCCACCCCCAGGAGGCGGAGGUGGUGGAAGUGCCACAUGUCAGAACCCCUCCUGCAGCAGCCCACCGUGCGCGGCACCUCUGUUGGGAGAUGUCGGCUGCACGUCAGUGGCAGGAGCUGAGACCUAUGCUCAUGAGCUAUUGUCAGCUGGUGAUACGAUCAGCAGUGGAGCACACAUCUACGGCCCUUUUGAGGCUGGGUUCACUUCGCAGCAGGACAACAUCAUCCGCACAUGGGGCUGCUCUACUCCUUCAGUUGUUUACGACACGGAAGGUGGAACUGACAUUGGCAUUGCGGAGAGGAAGGUGGCGCAUGCUUGCGGCAUCGAAUUCCCUCGUCUUGAAGGCAACACAUACUUUGGCGUGGUCGGCCCGUGUGGAGGGCACGCCAAUGACUACCACUUCCACAAGAGCUUCAGCUGCUUGUAUGCCCAGUCGGGUGGUCAUUCGACCAAAGUCGGGGAUGUUGCCUCUCACGGCAUCUAUGGCAAGUGGGAAGACUAUGAUUUGAAGAGACUCCCAUUGCUGGAUGCAUGUGGUGCUCACAUUGGCCCGACACCGGACUCAUCAACGCCUGUGUACCACUACCAUGUUCAAGAUCAGGCCCCCUUCACAGUCGGGUGUCAUGGACCCAGCCAGAGUGGUGGUUUGGUGAGUGUCGCUGUGUGCCGAAGUUUGUAUUCGGACUGUGAUGAUGACGGUGGAAGUGGCACCACCAUCACCACCAAGACAGGCAACGUCCAGUACGAUCGCUUCUGCCCGUGCUUUGAUGCCUCUGGCUCCAACAUGGGUGGCAACAUUCAGGAGCUACCGGCUUUGAGCAGCAGCGAGAUCUAUUUCUCUUCUGUCAGCACCGUCAGCACCAGUUCGACUUCCAGCACAAUGGCAACAACUGCAACCACGACAACCACAACCGCAACGACAACAACGACAGCCUCUGCCAAUGGUGAUUUAAGCACUACAACAACCGCAGAGGCCCAGAAAUCAACCACCACUGCCUCACAAGCGACCAACGGUGAUGCAAGCACCACCAGCACUGGAAGCAGUGAGGAUCCAAGCAGCACCAGCAGCACUGCAGUGAAUGCUGGUGGCGCUUCGGCUGGUAGUAGCACCACAGCAUCAUCAAGCACCAUCCCAGACUCGAACGAAGAUUUGCGCACUACUGUGACCAGUGAAGCUUUGAGCAUCAGCAUGAGGAUAUUCUCCGUCCACGCGUGGACCUUCUUUGGAAUCUUCGUUUUGACUUACUGAGCCUCCUGAACCCGCCGCCACGAGCCUCGCACGAUCCUGCCGGUCUUGUUACUUUGCCUUCGUUUCCCUUGGCUGAGAUCCUAUGGGGAUUCUGAAUGGCAGGGUUGCAAACGGCAUGGAGCACGGUGCUUCCAGCCGAAGGUUGGAAGUUGUUCCCAUGUUCGUGAAUAUCAGAAGCACCCGUUUUGACGGAUCUUUUUGUGCUGAACUUUUUGCUGUCUUUGCCAUUGCCCAGACAAUGGUAUUGCAUCAGUGCUCGUAAUCCAACAUUGUUUGUGUGUGCAUGCAAGAGAUUUUGUAAGUGAUAGCAAUCUCUCAGCUUUUCAAGCAAAUUGCGCGUUGUGGCGGAACACUCCACAGCUGCUAAUUUGCUGCAACGCUUCUGAGGGACUGAGCAGCAAAA